GUUCAAUAACAGAAGAGUAAUCUGCUCACCAGAUCCAAAAAACCAAGUAAAAACCCCACCGGACCCAAAAGCACAAACCCACCGAGCAUUAUCAUGGCAUUUUUGUCAGUGCUGAUGCUUCUGUGUGCUUUUCCUCUUUCAAAUGCAGCGGGUCGUCUAAGAGAAUUCCAUCUUUUAAAUAAAACGUACAUCAAUGAAACUCUGGUAACUACAGUUUGCAAAACAAACUACACUGACAUUGUCACAGUUUAUGACGAUAAAGACAAUAAAGAGCUAUCUAAACUUGUAAACACGACCAAUGGCUCAGGUGCUCCAUCUGCCUUAAUUGGUGCUCACACAAUUAACACAACAUACACAAGUAAAUGGUCAAAUGGUGAUGACGUCACCUUCACUUCAUUCACUGAGAAAUGUACAUGUACUACUGAAAUAUGUGGAGCUGCUAUGAGAACUAAUGGAUCAUGGGAACUUCUGUCAUUCAAUGAGACAAAACACUUCAUGUGUUAUAAUGAAGGUGUUGACCGUUCAUCACACAACUACAGUUUAAUCUCUCAAAACAAAACCUGGACUGAAGCUCAGCUGUACUGUAGAGAGCAUCACACAGAUUUAGUCAGUAUCACAAAUGAGCAGGAAAAUGAGCGAGUAAAGAAUGAAACAAGAGAGUUUCCUUUCUGGAUCGGCCUCCUGCAUGAUAAGAUUGAAUGGUUUGAUGGAGGAAGAUCUGCUUACAGAGAUAAAUUAUUUUAUCCAAAGGAAGAAAAAGGGUUUUUAAUCUCUGGACAAGGUUGGACACAAGCAUCAUUCCCGAGUAAAUACUACACUCUUUGCUACAAAAGUCUCAUUCACGUGAGCACUCAUGAAAUGUCCUGGGAAGAAGCUCUGGAUUAUUGCAAUGCUCCUGGCCUACUGCGCAUCGAGUCCAAAGACGAUCAGAUAGAAACAGAGCGAGAAUUGCGACGACAGAAGAUUUCUGAACCGGUGUGGAUUGGACUCAGAAAAAGUCGACUUUUUGGUUUCUGGAUGUGGGCGAAUGGACCUAACGUGGGAAACUGGACUAACUGGAAAGGAGGACGUCAACCUGAACAUCAGAUCUCUCAUCACUGUGGUGUCAUGGAGAAGGUGAACGGCACAUUCAAAUGGGCUGAUAAAGACUGCAGAUCUCCAUUUAGAGUUUUUUGUGAGAUAAGAUAAUACAUUACUCAGUUAACUCAAAACCUGCUAAAUUGUUCUUCUGUUUAUCUUGUGAUGAUCUAAAAUUUGCACCCUGUCCCUGCAUAAUACAUCUAAUUUAUUUAUCAAUAUCAUUCUGCAUCAGUCACACAUUCACUAUAGAUAUAUAAAUACAUUUAUUCAGUAAUGAAAGAGAGGUAACUAGAGGAUCAUGACAUGAGUUACUUAAAAGUGUGUGUGUAAUUCUGACAUCAAACAUAUAGACAUAAACCUGUGUGGCAAUUGGAUCAUGGUUUUUAAUAGAUUAUACUUUAUGAAUUUACAUUUUCUUUAAAGAUUCAUUAUUUUACUUAUUUUCAUUUUGAAAAUGGUCUUAUGCUGUGGGCUAUGUUA